GUGACCUCCGCCUCAGAAGUCCCGGGGUUUCGUUCAGCUGAUCGUACAGAGGACUCGCUGCAGCAGUGACAGUUUUUAAUACCGCAGAAACCAGUUUUUCGCCAGAGCACAGGACAGGUCAGUGUCGUACCAGCCGUUGAUCGGAGCGUGCGUAGACUUGGAUAACAGUUUCGGACCGCCUUUUUUGUAAGUACCACCGCGAGAGCCUGACCCCCGGUGGUUGGUGAAGGAGCGAUGUCUCUCUCGGCGCUGGCCGGCCCGCAGCUGCACGUUCUGCUCACCCUGUCGGAGCUGCUCACCACGGUCAUCGUGCCGCCGGACGCACGCACGUGCGGGGUGCGCCACGAGCGUGGCACGUGCACGCGCUUUGUGGAGUCCGUCGAUCUGAUCAGCAACCCGACGAGGCGCAACCGCACGGCGCAGACCGGUGAGUUUCCGUGGCUGGUGUCGGUGCGCGGCGCACCGCCGUCCCGCGCCGACUCGCCGCAGCCCCUCUGCACCGGCGUGCUGGUACACCAGCAGGCCGUGCUGGUGUCGGCCGCCUGCCACGAGGCGGCCACCAACGCCGACCAGCGCAUGCACGUGCGUCUGGGCGAGCACAACAUUCUGAGCGACGUGGACGCCGGGCGGCCGCCGCUGGACAUCAACAUCCGACGGGCCGUCUACCACCCCGAGUACAGCGCCGGCCUCAACGACGUGGGGUUGCUGGUGCUGGAGCACCCGGCGCGGCUGAGUGAGGACGUGAACGUGGUCUGCCUGCCGCAGUGGCGCCGCGACACCGAGUCACCGGCUGACCUGACCGCCGACUGGGAGCACACAGAGUGUGUGCUGCACGGCUGGGUGGACACCACGAUCGACAGCACCCCGGUACCGCUGCGCGAGACGGUCCGCUUUCUGGGCCGCGACGCGUGCCAGACGCGGAUGCGCGAGCUGGACAGGCUCGGGCCGCUGCACACUCUUCACGCCGGCUUCGCGUGCGCCUCGGCCGAGACCGGCUGCUGGGCGGACGGCGGGUCUCCGCUGGUGUGUCGGCUGCGCGAGGACCGCUCGCGCUGGGUGCUGGCUGGCCUGCGCGCCUGGGUGCGCCAGUUCAACGACUGUGACCGGGUGGCCACCUACACUAACGUGGCCAUGUUCUCCGACUGGAUCCGAGACACGAUCGACGCUGAGCUGAGCGUGGCUGCCUAGCGCGGCUGGACAGCGACGGUGGAACCGACGGCCCCAGGAGAGUGACCCUCCACUGAAGUUCAGAGAUUUCGUGGCACUUAUGAGAGAGCUUUUGGGGGUCAUUUACAAUCCUUUUGGCUUGAUUUGCAUCACAUUUAACACCUGUAAGCUCUGGUGGUAGGGUAAAAAUGAUUCAUCGGUGCAUAGUGGCACGUCUUGCAACAUCGGGAACGUAGCCCAUUUAUGCGUAUUUGAUGUAUUAACCGUUUUCACGACGGCCAUCUGGUACACAUUUAGUGCACAUCUGGUACAGAUUAGGUGCAGAUUUGGUCAAAUUAGGUUCAGUGUGUCUCUUAGUAGCUAUCAGCUAGGAUUGCACUAAUUUCUUUUAUGCCUGCUUUGUCAUAUUAUUAGAGAGCAUCAUCGAUUAAAACACUGAAAUAAAUUCAUAAAAAAUGAAGAUAUUUGCUGUAAAAGAAAUUAGGUGCAGAUUUGGUCAAAUCAGGUGCAUUUGCUGGAUAGCCCGUCGUUUAAACGGCUAAUAUCUUGUUGCGAGAGAAAUAAUAGGGAAGUGAGUGUAAGCGAAAUAAAACUUCUAUGUCCGAGGUCUAUACAUCACAUUCCGUU